GCCGUUGACCGCGACAACGCAAAGGGCGCCUUGAGCUUGCCUCGACCAGGCUUACUGAGCCACGCAACGGUCGCAUCGACAGCCUCUACGCUCAGUCGAGCUCCGCCUGUAGCGUUCGCAGCGCUAUAGGCGCGUUCGCUCUUCCACAUUGACGGCGACACGUCGACGCUUUGUCGAGCUCAUUGUACCUCGCAACCGCCCGCAGGCCACGCGCGUACCGCUGGACAGCUUGCUAUCCAGCACCUCACGCGUUGCACCUCAGCAACGUAGCCUGACAAGCCAACAUGACGCUCGUCAGCCUUCCUCGGACGGCGACUCUCGCAUGGUCGCCCAACAGUACUUCUGCCUCCAAGCCGAUAGCAGGUGCAAAGUCUACCCCAAGUCGUGUUGCCGGCUUGCCCUUGCUUGCAACAGGCACGGUCUCGGGCGCUGUGGAUGAUCAAUUCUCGAACGAGUCUAUCCUUGAGAUCUGGUCGCCUUUCUAUGAAGGGCCUUCUAGCAAGUCCGGCUCCGUACAAGCGCCCCAGAAACGCCAGGACACGGAUCAUAAGAUCUUGGGCAAGGUUGCUGCCUCCUCUCGGUUCAACAAGAUAGUAUGGACAGCGCCAAUCGCACAACGACCCAAGGGCGUCAUUGCCGCGGGCAUGGACUCGGGCGAACUGGCCGUAUGGGACCCAUCGCUCAUUCUCAAUGGCAAAUCGACUGACAGCAUGAUCUACAAGACCACUCACCAUACCGGACCAAUCAAAGGCUUGUCGUCAAAUCCAUCGGCCCCUCACCUUCUAGCGUCGGGCUCGAUCGCCUCUGAAAUUUACAUUUGGGAUUUGACAUCCUCCCCACUCAAGCCAUACUCGCCGGGUGCAAGAUCGCGCAAUCUCGACGACAUCACCUCGCUCGCCUGGAAUAACAAAGUGCCUCACGUACUCGCGUCAGGCAGCAAUACUGGCUAUACCGUCGUCUGGGAUCUCAAGGGCAAGAAGGAGGUCGUCUCACUCGCCUUCAAUGCUGCAGCGCAAGGCCAGCCACAAGGAGGACCGAUGCAAUCUGCACCCAAUAGUCGCUCGGGCAUCUCCGCAGUAGUAUGGCAUCCUGACAAUGCCACGAAAUUGAUCACAGCGAGCGACGAUGACGUGAAUCCGAUCAUCAUGGUUUGGGAUCUGCGUCAUUCUCGUGCGCCAGAAAAGAUCCUGACCGGGCAUGACAAGGGUGUGCUCAGCUUGUCGUGGUGCAAGUCAGAUCCCGAAUUGCUGCUUUCAUCUGGCAAGGAUAACCGCACACUUUGCUGGAAUCCAGAAUCGGGCGAGAUCGUCGGCGAGCUGCCGCGCUCGAACAACUGGUCGUUCGAAGCCCAAUGGUGUCCAUUCAAUCCGUUCUUGCUCGCGACGGCUUCCUUUGAUGGCAUCAUUGGCGUGCAUUCGCUCCAGUCGACAGCGCCUGCUGAACAAGACCCAAUCAACGAUCCUGCGCAGCACAUCAAUGACGAAGAUAUUUUCGAUACAAACAACAUAUCGCUCGCCCAGUCUGCUCAUCCUGGCGUAAGCCUCACGCAACCCCCUGCUUGGCUGAAGCGACCUGCAAGCGCGACGUUUGGCUUCGGCGGCAAGCUCGUCCAAGUCAAAGCAAGUCCGGCGCCUGCACAAGUACCACAAGUGCCCGGCCAGCCUCCACAACCGAAGCGGCCUCAUCUCUCGAUGGUCACAAUCAGUCAGAUUGUCACAGAGAAAGAGAUCAUUGAGCGCGCGCUCAAGCUGGAGACCGCCAUAGAUGAGGACAGCCUGGCAGAAUAUUGUCAAGCACGAGCUCGCGAGUCUGCAGGCUCGACGAUCUUGACGGACGCAACGUCUGACAAGACAGUCAAGGAUAGCAUCAAAUCUGACCUCGUUUCAUGGCGUCUGCUCUCGACACUCUUUCGCGCAGACUCACGCGACGAGCUUGUCACCUUGCUCGGGUUCUCAAAGGAAGAAGUGAAGGGCAAAGUCGAAGCUGCGGUGCAGUCAUUACGUACGCGUCUCGACCAGGGCCGGAACGGGUCGUCCACCGUUGCAGGAUCCGAGCUGGGCGACAAUGAUAGUGGCUCUGUAGCUCGUGAGCCCCUCGUCAGCUUUGCUGCAGAUCAAAGGCACGACGAAGCACUGUCAGGCUCAUCAGAAGGGGAAGCUGCCGCAGCUGUCAAUCGCGGUAACUCUGUCUCAGAAGCAACGCCUUCGGAAGCUCCGAGUCUAAGCAUGGGCACGGAUACUACCAAGCCAAGCGAAGGUGACUCUGAAGUGACCGAGCCAAGUCUGUUCGGCGAUGACCCUGUACAACCUGGCACGCCUGGACAUGGAAACGCUGCAGAUGACUUUUACGCGCAGAUCGGAACGGGCCGACCGCAUACGCUGCUCGAUCGAAAUUUCGGCCGAGAGAGUGCUGUUGGAGGCUCUUCCAUCGCUGCCACUGCUGGCUCACGACCCUCAUCUAUCGCAUCGGAAGCGCUAAAGCCUACUACCUUCAACAUUUAUCCAUCUGGCGAGUCAGAUGCCGAUCGGCUAAUCACCCGCGCCGUCGUGCUCGGCGAUUUCGACAGCGCUGUUGCUCUCUGCCUUACAUCCGAUCGUUUCGCAGAUGCACUCUUGCUGGCAUUCCGCGGCGGACCCGACCUUCUUGCCCGCACACAGAAAGCCUACUUCGAGCGACAUACCACCAGCUUGCCUUACCUGCGCUUGUUCCAGUCAAUUGUUCUUGACGAUCUCACCGACGUCGUGCAAAAUGCCGAUCUGACAGAAUGGCAAGAGAUCUUUGUCGUUCUGUGCACAUUUGCGCGCGCAGACGAGUAUGCCAGCUUGACAGAGCAACUCGGCCAGCGUCUAGAGUUUCAAUCGCAGGUCGAAGAAGGAUCAAUUGCAGCAGCGAAAGAUCAUAGGAAGAACGCAGUCUUGUGCUACCUCGCAUCUGGAAAGCUGGAGAAGGUUGUGUCGAUCUGGGCGCAAGAGAUGAAAGAGGAAGAGGAAGCAGCAUUGAAGCCCUCUGUCCUCAGUGUAGGCAGCGAUUCUCGCUAUGCCCUUCAUGCCAAGGCACUGCAGACCUUCAUCGAAAAAGUCACGAUCUUCCAGCGGGCGGUCAAAUAUGUCGAUGCAGAUCUCUCGUUGGCCACAAGUGCCCCCGUCGAAGGCGUAGAGAGAACAUACAAGCUUGCGUCGCUUUACGACCGAUAUGCAGAAUACGCUCAGAUACUGGCAGCGCAAGGCCUUGUGACUACGGCUGUCAAGAUCGUGGCACAGGUGCCUGCCGACUACAACGGCAAAGGCGAUAUCGACGCCGCGACCGUUCGCUCGGUGCUUUUGGAUGCGACUGGGCAGGCUUCGGGUGCUGCUCGCCCAUCUACCGCGGCUGUAGCUCAGCAGUACUCAUCUGCGCCUCGUGCUCAGCCUGUCACGGCAGCCUUACAGUCGAGCUACGCGGCUUCCUCUUACGCUUCUGCGAUGCCAGCUGGACAGCAGCAGCUUUAUCAGCAGCCUGCACAGCCUCGCGCGCCAAUGCAGCAACAGCAGCAGAACCCUCAUUAUGACCCGUACGCCCAAGCCACGACGACGUAUGCACCACCGCAGAAUACACAGCCUCAAAAUCCGUACAGCAUGCAGGCCUCUCAGUCUGCAUCGUACGCUCCGACUAUGCAGAUGUCGAAUCCUUAUGCCAUGCCUCAGCAACAGCCUGGGCAGUUCAUGCAGCCUGCGAGCAUGGGCAAUGUGCAGAGCGCAAAGCCUGUGCUGCCACCGCCGCCUCCGAAGCGAGAAGAGGGCGCUUGGAACGAUGUGCCGACGGUAGCACCAAAGCGAACAGCAUCCGCUGCGGCGUCACGUCAGGCGGCGCCGAUAAUGUCGCCUUUCCCUCAUUCCGGCCCAAUGUCACCCUCUGUCUCAUCCUUCGGCGCUCCAAGCUAUCUUCAGGGACAGCAGCAGAGCAUGCCACCGCCGCCACCUCCCAGCAGAGGUGCAAUGCGCCCGCAGGCUUCACAAGUCGGACCACCACCACCAAAGGGCGCUAUGCAGCAUUCGCAGCCCAACGGUGCGCCUCAAUACGGUCAGGCGCCUCAGCAAUCACAGAUGCACUUGCAACAGCAACAGAGCCAGCAAUCUGGCCCACCAAUGCAGCGUGAUCCUUACGCGCCUCCAAUCAAUGGGAUGCAAGGCAAUGCUGCUCUACCGCCGCAAGGCCCGAGUAUGCGCAUGCAGGGUCCGCCGCCGCCGCCGCCUCAACAGCAGCCUGUCGGACCACCACCCCCUCGAAGAGAAUCUUCAAACGCCUACGGACCGCCACCGCCCGCAGCCAUUUCUUCAGGUCCGUCUACGAUGGCCCGUCCUGGUUCUGUGCCACCUGCGGCGUAUCAGCCUAGCCCAUACGAUCCUCCGGCUGGCACUGUACCAAAUUCUGCCCCGACAGCGCGAGGGCCUCAACAGAAUGGCGGUCAAUUCGCACCGCCUCCUACCGGCUUCCGACCUCCGCCAGGUCAGCAACCUGUUCCAAUGCAGGGACCGCCUCGUCCUGCUUCUAUCGUCAACCAGCAGGGACCACGCGCGACGCCGCCACCUCAAGCUCGUCCUGAGCCGCCCAAACCCAAGUAUCCUCCCGGCGAUCGAAGCCAUAUACCGGAUUACAGCAAGCCGAUCUUUGCGAGCCUUGAUGUAAGACUCAAGCGGUUGAUUGGAACCCAGUCUUUGCCGAAGAAGGUGCAAGAUGAUACGAUCAAGCGCAUGCUCGUCCUCUUUGAUGCUCUCAAUUGCGAUACAAUCUCGCGUCCGACCGUCGACAAGCUCGCGGAAAUCAUUAGGACACUCGAAGCAGGGGACGCGAACAAGGCGCUACAGCUCCAUCUCGAGCUCCUCAGCAGUGUCAACCAGACGGAAGAUAUCGGACCAUGGAUGCCAGCACUCAAGUUGAUCAUCCGAAGCAGUGGACCGUAGGCC